GAAGAGGACCUGUCAAUUUGGAAGGGCUGGCAAAAUCCACGGAGACGUAUUCCAAAGGAGUUAUUUGGAGUACACAUUCUGCCAGUACCAUUGUGAGAAUAUGGCCAGUGUAGAGCACUUCACCUGCCCGGCAUGUACACCCAACAUGAUAGCUCUUUGCGCAGAUGGCAACAGAAAGCAGUACCGAUUUCGACAGUCAAAAGGGUCAGAGCAACCAUAUUUUGACGGUACUUUCAUCGCCAAGGACGCUGAAGUACAGCAUUUUGUUGAGGAGAUCAGGAGUAAAAUGAAAAGUACUGCCGGCAGAGGAAUCUGUGGAGCCAGUCAGUGGUCUGCUGCACGGGAGACAGCCAGAAGAGCUAGUAAACUGGAUGAAGAGGGCAUUGAGGUGGUUGUUUGCCGACACGGAGUGCUAUUGAAGGCCCUCAACAUGUAUAGGGGGGAAAUAUUUGCUUAUCCGCUGUUCCUGCAAAAGGAGCUUCAGGCAGCCACAAAUGGACAGUUCUUUUGCACGGAUAUUGCUUGCAAGUAUUGGCCCUACCUUGAAAAGUUGUCGGUCUCCAUGUCAGAACUCAGACCUUUACUGCAGAUGAGGCCAUUCCUUUCUGUCAUGCAUGCCAAGGCCCAUUCAACAAAGUGUGAGAUAAUCUGGAGUGGCAAAAAUCAAGAGGGUGCUGGUACAACUGCAGGGGAGGAGGUCGAAAUGGUAAACAGCUACCUCUCUCGUUGUGCCCUCACAACCAAGUACAUGACAAAAUCUGCCAGGAAUGACAUGUUAACAGUCCAUGCUAUUGGAUGGAACCGACGGAAGCAGGAAGGCCUUCAUCUUGCAUUAUCCAGCAGAUACGUCAAGACUUGUGAAAAGGCGGAGGCUGAUUCUCAGAGACUGGAAGAUUUGACCAAUCAACUUGGUUGCCCUGAGAACAUGGUGCAUCAGUGGGUUCAUGAUGUCAGAGAAUGGGCUUCCGAUGAUUCUGCAGGUACCAGAUGUGAUGACCAACAACCUCUUCAGGAAUCAAUUGAAGAAAUGUUCCUUGCGGUUCAUCACAGAAAAGCCAGCCUUUAUAAUCAGACUGACAGCAACAAAAUCCGACAGUUGCGACGAAGGAAAUUGGGAGAAGAGAAGAAAAAACUGUUUGAAAAAAUCAAGCUGUACAAUGAGCAGGUUGCAGAUGAGGAGCGCAUCCUUGAGGAUAAGGUGGAAAGCAGACUCUCUGUGGUGGAAGGAGACAGUGGGGCAGACUGUCUAAUAUGGCCGUGGGAAGUGCACAGCAGAGAAUCGAGCAAUAUCCUUACGAAGAAGAAGAUUUUUGAUGUUUACAUGUCAAAAAUGCGGCUUCAAGAGGAAAAGAUCAUUUUGAUAAGGGAGAUGAGACAGCAUUGCACCUACCUCAGAAAGCUGGCCUGGAGUCUCCGCAAAAUGAUGUCCGAAAUGUCUUCUGGCAGGAACAGUGGCAGUUUAAGUGAAGAGGGGCAUCGUGGGCUGCUGUGUCUUCAUCAGAAAAGGCUUGCUGAUGUGGAGAGAUUCCAAGUCGUUAGCUCAAGGUACAGCGAGGCUUUAGGACCGAAUGCUGCUUCUCUGCUUGAGGAUGGACCCGAGGACAUACCGGAGGACCACAAAGAACAUGUAUAUGAGAGUUCAGAUGAGAGUGAUUUUGAGGCAGUGUAA